ACCGACAGGUAACGACACAGACGACAAACUGCCAAAGGUGUACAGCGAUGUUGACUUGUUUACAGAUCUGUGUAGUGAUCAGUACAAUCAUACUUACUAGUAUUGGUGAUUAUUCGGGAUAAUCUUGUGAAGGGUCACUAUUUGGGAUAUAUGUUCAUAAUUGUGGAUUCUAUGGAUUAAAGGGACGUAGGCAUGUCUGGCCGUGCGACCUCCUAUCUGUUUGGACAGGCCCCACCCCCCGGGCAGUACGGGACACCCUACCAACCCAACAUCAAGUCAUCAUGGGAGGAGAUCUCUCUAGCUCACAUCAAGGAGACGUUCCGCAGUCUACAGAUCGAGGAUAUGUACCAGUGUUACUGUGCGAUGAUGAAGAGGACUCUCGUCGUCGCCCUCCUCACUUUAACCAUCAGCGUCUGUAUCAGCGUAAUCACCUACCAUCUAAUUGUAUGCGAGACGUUCACAGACACAUCCACACAGGUACACAUAGCCACAUUGGGCUGUGGUGUUCUCGGAAUGCUGGGAAUCAUGCUGGUCGUGGUUAUAGAGAAACUCUACCUCAAGUGUCCGUCCGUCAUCUCUGUCAUCACCUGGCUCCUACUCCUGACUGUCAUCAACAUUUACUACAACGUGCCGGGGGAACACCGCGAACCACCUGACGACAUCGCCGUGGUGUUCUACACCACCCUGGUGUGUCACAUGAUGUUACCACUGUCUAAACGCUGGUCUCUCUGUCUCGGUAUUCUCACCACACUCCUAGAGACCACUACUGUAGGAUUUCUCACCAAAGAUAAAGAUUUUCUUUUCCCCCAGAUCGCCUGUAACCUAGUGAUCCUACUCUGUGGUAAUAUGGUCGGACUAUACCACAAAUACCUCACGGAUAUUACUCACAGAAACACCUUCCUGGAGGCGCGCAACUCCAUCCAGUCCAUGGUCAAGUUGGAACGGGAAAAACACCAACAGGAGGAAUUACUGAACAGCUGUAUGCCUCCUGAACUUGUCGAGAAGAUGAAGGAAGGUAUCACGAAAACAGUCCUGAGUAAACGACCCAAGCCUUCACCAUUCCACGACCUGUAUGUACAGCAGCACUCCAACAUCAGUAUUCUGUAUGCCGAUAUAGUGAACUUCACACCCCUAGCUUCAGAAUGCACAGCCUCAGAAUUGGUGAAGAUGUUAAAUGAACUGUUUGGGAGGUUUGAUCAGCUGGCAGAGAAGAAUCAGUGUAUGCGGAUUAAGAUCCUUGGUGACUGUUAUUACUGUGUAUGUGGACUGCCCAUUCCCAACCCUAACCACGCUAUCAACUGUGUCAGCAUGGGUCUCAAGAUGAUCGAGGCCAUCCGAGAUGUGCGAGAGGCCACAGGUGUCAACGUCGACAUGAGGAUUGGCAUUCACAGCGGCAUGGUGCUGAGCGGGGUGCUUGGUCUGUCCAAGUGGCAAUAUGACGUCUGGUCAGAUGACGUCACGCUGGCGAAUCACAUGGAGUCAGGUGGCUUUCCUGGAAAAGUUCAUAUAACAGAGAGUACACUGCGUUUUCUCUCAGAGGAGUUUAAGGUUGAACCAGGAUACGGAGCCUGUAGAAAUUCCUACCUCUCUGAUCAUAAUGUUCAAACUUUCUUCAUCGUACCUAAAACUAGAGAGUUCGACGAGGGAAGAAAGAUACGUUCGAGAUUUGAGAGUUCCCUUCGUGCCUCUCUGCGUGUGUCUAAGUAUCUAGAGGGCUGGAAUGUUGACAAACCAUUCGCCAAUCUCCGUGUCAGCACAAUGGCCACCAAGCUCCUCAGCGUCACUCUCAUUCCUAGCUUGGCAUUUCUUGAUUCUAACUUGGUCCUCAACUCCAUCGUCGAUGACCAAAGCGUGGUGGCCAUGAGUCAGCAGUUCCAAGGAGAGGUCAAUGCGGAGUUAGCAAGGAAGUCCAAGGAUCUAGGAAAGAAAAGUUCCUGGAAGUCUGAGGGAGAUUUUAACUGGCUACUACUGACGUUUAAAAAUGGGAUGGAAAAGGAGUACUCCAAGAGACCAAAUCCCUCCUUCAGGAUCGGUGUACUGUGUAUCGCCGGUAUCUUUGUAGCUGUACAAGUCAUACAGGUCAUCCUGUCUUUAGGGGUCUUACACGACACCUGGUAUGGAAGUGUUAGCGUUGGCUUAGCGUUCUUUUUAUCUGUGAUAUUUAUCUGCUUCAUCGGAGACUACCUGAUCUCCGAAGACAAAGGGGUGAUCAUCGGAAUAUUAGCCCACUUGUCUGGCCUGACCAAGAGGAGUGCUCUGGUGCGGGUCAUACUGGCCAUUCUGUGUGUGGCCGUAGUAUGUGUGUCCACCGUCAUCAAUGUGGUGGACUAUGAGAACUGUGAUAACUGUAUGCUGACGGCCAACGAAUCUCUGGCCAAUGCUACAGAAAAGGUGAUAUUUCAUGGAGCACCUGUGUACUGGACACACAUCAGCCUCCUUGGCCUUGCGUCCACGUGUGUCUUUCUGCAGAUUGGCUACCUCAUCAAAAUGGCUAUCAUGCUGGUUGUCAUGGUGACAUACAAUCUGGUGUUCCACCUAAUACCAGUGUUUGGGACAGAUUUACAUAUGCAAUUCAGCAGUGUGCCUCCUCUGGAUAUAGCCAUCACAACAUCACUCUUAUUGGCUGUCCUCUACCUGACCUUAUUCUUCCUUGACCGACAGGUAGAGUAUACUAACAGACUAGAUUUCUUGUGGAGGCGACAGUUCAACGAGGACACAGAAAAUGUCAAGGUCACAGCAGAGGUCAACAAACAAUUACUACAGAAUAUUCUCCCGCAGCACGUGGCCGAUUACUUCAUCAGAAGUAACCGUAAAGACGACGACAUGUACAGUGAGACAUACGGGUGUGUGUCUGUCAUGUUUGCGUCGAUACCCAAUUUCCAGGACUUUUACCAGCAGAGUGCGGCCAAUCGAAACGGUCUGGAAUGUAUCCGAGUUCUAAACGAGAUCAUCGCUGAGUUCGACCAGCUGCUGUACCUGACAGAGUUCUCCACGGUUGAGAAGAUAAAGACUAUAGGAAGUACAUAUAUGGCAGCCACUGGUCUACAGCCGGGCCGUGAGAAUAUCAUGGAUCCUACAGAGAGACGAAAUAACAUAGUUACCAUGACAACAUUUGCUUUACGUAUGAUGAAGAGACUUGACGAGAUCAACACGCAUACACUCAACCAAUUUAAACUCAGGAUAGGUGUAAACCAUGGACCGGUUAUAGCUGGUGUUAUAGGAGCCAGAAAACCACAGUAUGAUAUCUGGGGGGACACAGUCAAUGUUGCCAGUCGCAUGGACAGCUCAGGAGAAAUGGGGAAAAUACAGGUCCCAGAGAUCACAGCUCAGUUCCUUUUUGAUAAGGGAUUCAACAUCCAGAAAAAAGGUCUAACAAAAGUCAAAGGUAAAGACCCAAUGACAACUUUCUUUGUGUUGCCAAAAGUUGACUCACCAGAUUCUGUGACUCCAAUGUGACCUUCGUGACAGUCAACACAAGGUCAAAUCUGCGCUAUUGGUGCUGUCUUUGAUGCAGUUCAGGUUGCACGUGCCAUAUCUGUAGAACUGAUGCGCAUGCAUCACCUCGCCCUACAUGACCUGAUUCACGUGUCGCACAUGCGAGUGUUAAGGACCUGAGGCACACCUGUAUAUGAUGGAGUACUGUGUACUGCUUAGUAUCGAUGGUCUGUCGCCAACUGAAAUGGCAUUUCUUCGUGACAGCACUACAUAGACAAUAUUACUGAGGAUGAGCGGUCUCGGUACAACAAACCCAUCAAUGACAACGGAAAGGAACAAUGACGAGAGAUUCUACAUCAAAUGCUGGAAUUCCUCACCACAUUGUCAUUUGGGAGAGACACUUGGAACUUAUUUUCAUAAUUGUAUCAAUAAAUAAUGUAUACAUUGCCUGGUUACAAGAACUGAUCUUCAUCAUCAGUGUAUAUGUAUAAUAUACAUGUUUACUACUUUAUCAAUAAUAUCUGAAGAAUUAUAGUAAAAUAUGAUGACAUUGGUUUUAAUCAUUAAAAUAUAUACAGGUGUAUACCGAUUACAACAAUGAUCAAUUUACUCGAGUGUUGAUAAUUAAACUUUCCCUAUCAUGAGAUAUGGACCUACCUCCUUAACAUGGUAACUAAAGCCUUGUCUCCUUUGUUGUGGUACCAAUAUACCUGUAAAUGUCACUCCUCACAUUAAAUCAUAAUUAAUGCUGAAGUUGUGAGACGAACUCUACACUGACUAGUGAAUAUGUAGGGUUCAGUUUUAUAUAUUGACGCUUCAAGGUUGUCCUUCCCUAAAAGUGAAGGUGUAAGGUUGAAUUAUAUAUAUAAGAACAGUGUAGCUGUAGGGUAAUAUUAUUUUGACAGUUUCGUUGUGUAAUUAUUGGGUAUAAUUUGAUUUGCUCCGUUUGUUGUAUGUUUUGAAUGAUAGCGAGGAUGACUGUCAAGGUGAAAUAUGUCUCUGCAGAUCAUAACAUUAUAUAUAUUACAUGUAUAAAAAGGAUUUAACUAACAAUCAUCUGACUUGUGAUAAUAACCAUGUUGCCAUAUGAAAUAUGUUUUGACAUACAAGUUUCCAUGUCCUCUGAAUUCAGUUUAUGAGUGCCUCGCUCGCUGUGUGGGUUGGAUUGUUUAUUGAAAUAUAUGAUGAUCAGAUCAUUAUUGUUUAUAAACACACUCUCUAGGUCAUUUAAACAUGUCGCGUGUGAGAGAGUACCAAUGCGUGCAUGUAUAUAAGUAAAUUAUGUGAAAAAUGUGUAAGCACCACCGCUGUCAUAUCAAGACAUAUAUGUUUAUAUAAAUACGUCUACAAAUGCUUCACCUUCGCGAUAUAUUUAAGAUUUUUGAAAUUGUGUGAUCUAGUCUAGGGCUGAAUGUUGUAUCAACUGCGUCGUCAGUUAAGGUAGAGGAAUGUGAUUAAUGGAACAGCUGGCCUACAUUUGUGUCCUGACUGGUUGUUCUCUGUUGACCGUGUGUAACCUGACUGACUGUACUAUGUUGACCCUGUGUGACCUGACUGACUGUACUAUGUUGACCCUUUGUGACCUGACGGGCUGUACUAUGUUGACCCUUUGUGACCUGACGGGCUGUACUAUGUUGACCCUUUGUGACCUGACGGGCUGUACUAUGUUGACCCUUUGUGACCUGACUGGCUGUACUAUGUUGACCCUGUGUGACCUGACUGGCUGUACUAUGUUGACCCUGUGUAACCUGACUGGCUGUACUAUGUUGACCCUUUGUGAACUGACGGGCUGUACUAUGUUGACCAUUUGUGACCGGACUGACUGUACUAUGUUGACCCUGUGUGACCUGACUGGCUGUACUAUGUUGACCCUUUGUGACCUGACUGGCUGUACUAUGUUGACCCUUUGUGACCUGACGGGCUGUACUAUGUUGACCCUUUGUGACCUGACGGGCUGUACUAUGUUGACCCUUUGUGACCUGACGGGCUGUACUAUGUUGACCCUUUGUGACCUGACGGGCUGUACUAUGUUGACCCUUUGUGACCUGACAUACUGUAAUGUUUACCUUGUCUGUCAUGGAUGAAUCUUUCAUUAUUGCUCCUAGAGAGACGACUUAUAUACGUAAAUCCAGUAACAUCACAUCGAUUUGUUAAGGUAUUCUGUAAUAACAUGGCGGGCUCUAGCUGGUCCUAUUGUGAUACCUGUGCCUAAUUAGGUCUUAACCGAUAUAGAUGGUUCUAAGUUAAGAUAUUUGGAGCUUCAGACCAGUCAAGGAGGCGAUUUUUCUCCUAUGUUAGUGUCACAAAAUAUGGCACAUGUACUAGGAAAUCCGGUAAUUACAAUGUAUGUAAAGUCCGUGCGGUAGUUGUAUCACAAAUUUAAAAAAAAAACCUGACUAUACAGAAAAUUGAGAUACUCUGUUGGGUUUUAAUGGGUAUAUCAUCCCGAUUAAGUGUGUACCUUAAAUGAUUUGUGUUAUUGUUUUGUACCAUGAAUGAUUUGUGUUAUUGUUGUUUUUGAACAACGUACUUAUGUCGGAGCCUUCUGGAAUUGGCUGUCAGAUUUUACAGUAAAAUAACAAAACGCUGUUUACAUUCAAUGACAGCUACAGUAUGUCCACGAGUAUUUCAGGGUCCAUGUUAUAGUAUGAUUUUGUAAUAUUUUAACUAAAUGUUUGUUUUAUGUCUACAUUAUGUUUAUACUGGGUGUGCAUAUGAUAUGGACUACAGUUUUGGUAAAGUGUCAUACAAUUGGAUAAGAUUGGUUGGGAAUUAACGAUAGAACUUUGUAGUGGUGUCGAUAUCGGAUGGGAAAGUUAUCUAUAUAUGUAGUGGUGUCGAUAUCGGAUGGGUAAGUUAUUUAUAUAUGUAGUGUCAAUAUCGGAACGGUUACUUGACGGCACCCGAUGUAUAUCGUUGCUCCGCUUCAUUACUUCGAUAUCAUUCAUGAUAUUUCCCACCGUAAUAUUUUUUUUUAAUUUCUUAACCAAAUGUGUUGCUAUAUUUUAAUUAAAACUAUAUAAUUUACUUACACAAUGACAAGACUAAAUCACUAGGUCUCGAUAAAACUAAAGCUUAUAUAAUAAUUUUCUGAUUAUGUUUAGAUAUUAUAUAUAUCGCAUUAUUGAAUUUAAAUAAUGAACACGGUUUUAUAAAUAUUAUCAUUAUCGUUCAAUGACAUUUAUGUUGCCAGCAUAUUCAUCAAAAGACCAUGUUUCUUGAAUUAUUGUAAAGGCUAAUGAAGGUUAUGUAGUUAUGUGAUCGAUGUUUGGCAUCGAACUUUCUAAUUGGUCAAUUGUAUAGAGAGAUGUGUGUUCUGUAGUUAGGCUGGAAGAGUGUUAUUUUUCAUUACAAUGCAUUCGCUUGUAAACAUGUAAUAUUUCGUGUGGAGAGAUACAAAAUGAUGUAUUCCCUGAUCUGAUAGGGAGUGUUACGUAUAAUAUUGUACACUUUAAUUUCCCUGAUCUGAUUGGAGUGUUACGUAUAAUAUUGUACACUUUAAUUUCCCUGAUCUGAUAGGGAGUGUUACGUAUAAUAUUGUACACUUUAAUUUCCCUGAUCUGAUUGGGAAUGUUACGUAUAAUAUUGUACACUUUAAUUUCCCUGAUCUGAUUGGAGUGUUACGUAUAAUAUUGUACACUUUAAUUUCCCUGAUCUGAUUGGAGUGUUACGUAUAAUAUUGUACACUUUAAUUUCCCUGAUCUGAUAGGGAGUGUUACGUAUAAUAUUGUACACUUUAAUUUCCCUGAUCUGAUUGGAGUGUUACGUAUAAUAUUGUACACUUUAAUUUCCAUGAUCUGAUUGGAGUGUUACGUAUAAUAUUGUACACUUUGAUUUCCCUGAUCUGAUUGGGAGUGUUACUAUAAUAUUGUACACUUUAAUUUCCCUGAUCUGAUUGAGAGUGUUACGUAUAAUAUUGUACACUUUAAUUUCCCGGAUCUGAUUGGGAAUGUUACUAUAACAUUGUACACUUUAAUUUCCCUGAUCUGAUUGGAGUGUUACGUAUAAUAUUGUACACUUUAAUUUCCCUGAUCUGAUUGGGAGUAUUACUAUAAUAUUGUACACUUUAAUUUCCCGGAUCUGAUUGGGAAUGUUACUAUAAUAUUGUACACUUUAAUUUCCCUGAUCUGAUUGAGAGUGUUACGUAUAAUAUUGUACACUUUAAUUUCCCGGAUCUGAUUGGGAAUGAUACUAUAAUAUUGUACACUUUAAUUUCCCUGAUCUGAUUGGAGUGUUACGUAUAAUAUUGUACACUUUAAUUUCCCUGAUCUGAUUGGGAGUGUUACGUAUAAUAUUGUACACUUUAAUUUCCCUGAUCUGAUUGGGAGUAUUACUAUAAUAUUGUACACUUUAAUUUCCCUGAUCUGAUUGAAGUGUUACGUAUAAUAUUGUACACUUUAAUUUCCCUGAUCUGAUUGGGAGUGUUACGUAUAAUAUUGUAAACUUUGAUUUCCCUGAUCUGAUUGGGAGUAUUACUAUAAUAUUGUACACUUUAAUUUCCCUGAUCUGAUUGGGAGUAUUACUAUAAUAUUGUACACUUUAAUUUCCCUGAUCUGAUAGGGAGUUUAACGUAUAAUAUUGUACACUUUAAUUUCCCUGAUCUGAUUGGGAGUAUUACUAUAAUAUUGUACACUUUAAUUUCCCUGAUCUGAUUGGGGGUAUUACGUAUAUAUUGUACACUUUAAUUUCCCUGAUCUGAUUGGGAGUGUUACGUAUAAUAUUGUACACUUUAAUUUCCCUGAUCUGAUUGGGAGUGUUACGUAUAAUAUUGUACACUUUAAUUUCCCUGAUCUGAUUGGGAAUGUUAUGUACACAAUUACACACUAAGUGAUAGUCUAGAUAAGUCUAGUGUUUAUCUUCAUCGUGAUAUAUGUGUGCUUACAUCAUUGUAUAGUCUCAAUUUGAAACUUAAAGGAACAUCAACUACAUUUUCAUCACGACGUUGUCUAGCACUGAGACAAUAUACAGGUCUACAGAUCGUUAUAAGAUUUGCAGGCCCGACAUAGUUUCGUCGUUGUGUAAUUGGUGAUAUCUGUCUGUGAUACUGGGACGCCUCUAAGCCUGGGUACUUGCCAUAUAUAGUUUGUAAUACUUAUUUGUAUAUGAGACAAAAUCAGCAGCGAUUUCAUAUACAGAUGUAUUUGAUGUUUUGGUGUAUAAUAUGCGGUAUUUCACCGAGGUGUCUCUGUGUAUCUUUGUGACAUUAAUAUAAAAUUUCCCAGUUCAAAGUGGAGAUGUUAUCAAUAUAUACGGUAACAUAGGUGUGUGUUGAUUAUGAUGGUAUAUAUUUAUUAUCUCAGAUGUCGCUGUAUGUUUUAUAUUUACUGUCUAAUGGCAUAUGCUAUUAGUUUAUAGAUAUUGUUAUAUAGAUAUACUGUCUGACACUUUAGACGGUAUAUGUUAUAUAGAUACUGUCUGACACGUUAGACGGUAUAUGUUAUAUAGAUACUGUCUCGACA